UGAAUAUCGCCAAACCGCCAUCCCACCUCCCGCCAUUCGGCCAUCCAUCCUCUCCCUGACACCACAACCCGCCAUCCAACGUUUCUUUUGUCACCCUCAGCCACCCGCCCAGGCCCGCCUCUCCCGCCCCGUUUACAACAAGCGAGACAACCUCAAGACCUCUCCGGCAAGAACGGGUCCGACAUAACAGUCAUGGCCAAGGUCCCGCGCAACUUCCGCCUGUUGGAGGAGCUCGAGAAGGGCGAGAAGGGUCUCGGCGCCGAGGCUUGCAGCUACGGUCUCAAGGAUCCCGAUGAUCUUUUCAUGACCAACUGGAACGGCACCAUCUUGGGCCCACCCCAUUCCGUAUACGAGAACCGCAUCUACAGCGUUGAAAUCACUUGCGGCCCCGAAUACCCCGACCGCCCCCCGGAGGUCAGGUUCACUACAAAGGUCAUCCUGCCCUGUGUCGACGACCGAGGCCUCGUGCUCAGCAGCAUCCUCCCCUGUCUGAGCGAGUGGAAGCGCAACAAUACUAUCGAGACUAUCCUGAUCGAAUUGCGAAGAUACAUGGCUGCUCCCCAGCAUAAGAAGAUCCCUCAGCCUCCUGAGGGAGAGGAGUAUUAAGCCCAGUGCUUCAGAAUUGGACGAUCGGUCGCUGUGCAACCAACAUGGCGAAUUCAUCUCCCGAGGGGAACAUCACAAAUGAAGAUCAUCACAAGUGAACAAGAUUAACGAACCAACCA